UUUAAUUUUCGGUUUGGAUUGACACUGAUUCUAUCCCAAGGACGAACAAUUAUAUAAGAUGAAAUGGCAACUUCUUCACCUUCAUCAUACUGGCAAGUUGGUAAAACGUUACCAGAAUGCUUUGACCAUGUCUUCACUUCCGGUAUAGUCAGUGACGUCACAUUCCUUGUCGGCGAGGAAAUGGAAAGGAUUUCCGCCCACAAAUUGGUCCUCAUGAGCAGAAGUCCAGUAUUCUACGCCAUGUUAGAGGGACCGAUUGCCGACAAAGGGGAUAUACCAAUCCCGGAUAUUUCUGAUGAGACAUUUAAGUUGUUUCUGAGGUAUCUAUACACAGACUCAAUUGACCUGACGUUGAGGAACGUGGUCCCCGUGUUAAACGCUGCCAGGAAAUAUUUUGUUGACAUCUUAGUUUCUCACUGCGAGAAAUUUCUUGCUUCGAAUUUAUCAUCUGAUAACGCCUGUCUAUUUCUGGAGCAGGCUCAUGUCUUCGUGAUGGAUAGUUUGAAAUCGGACUGUCUUCGAUUCAUUGAUGAGAAUCCUACCGCUGCUCUGACUUCUGAAGCCUUCACUGACCUGUGUGUGAGCUGUGUUACCAGUAUAACGGAGUCUGAUGAUCUUCGUGUUACUGAGAACAACGUGUAUGAAGCCAUCAUCAGAUGGGCGGAGGCAGAAUGUGCUCGUCAGAACCUCGAGACAACAGCAAACAACAAGAGAGAAGUUCUUGGGGAGACUCUGUACACGGUACGCUAUCUUCAUGUUGACGAGGAGUUUCUACUCGGUAAGAUUUGUUCUGAUAAGAUACUAAAGCCAGAUGAUGUCGUGGAGAUUAUUAACCACAAAAGAAAUAAAAAACCUUUAAUAUCGAAAAAAUUAAUGACGAAGAGACGGUUUGGUAAUCCGGAGAGAUUUUACAGAAAUGGACCAGUAAUCAACGAUUUUUGGAAUGCACCAGUCGAUGAGGCUAUAUCAUUCAAAACAGACAGCGAUGUGCAUUUAUUUGGGUUUGGGUCAUUUUUUACGAACGUCACACAAAGUACUGUCGAUCUGAAAGUGUUUGAAGAGGACGUCUGCCUUGUUCAAGCAAACAAGACAGCGGAACCUUCUCAACCCGACACACCACACAUGGGGGAUGUGCUAUUGGACACCCCAAUCCCACUACAUGCUGGAAGAAAAUAUACAAUUGUAGAAUGUCCAAGCAACCCGUUUCGUUAUUAUUUUACCAAAGGGAUUGCAAAGGUCACCAAUCAACAUGUGACAAUCGAAUUUAGCAAUAGUUCGAGAAGCAGACACACUGACACAGACUGGGGUCAGAUACCUUAUCUCCUUCUGUCGUGAUGACAUCCUGAAUAUAACGGGUGGUCGGGUGGUAUAUUUCGAUUCCCCGAUAGGACGUGAAAAGGUCAAGGGUCACCAGCCCGACCACGUGGGUUUUCUCCGGGUACUCCGGUUUUCUACUUCUACUAAUUGUAUGUGAAAGUAUACAUUAUGGCCUCGCAGUCUGAUCCAAUAUUAUUUCUAUUAAUGAUCCUCCUGCCGCUGCCAAGCCAUGAAGCUUUGCAUUGGAAACUGCUUUUACCGGCAUGUCUAUUGUAUUGAUAAACUAUUUCUCAACAAAAAACAAAACCUUGCGGGACUUUAAGUUUUUUUUAAAUAAGAUGAAAUAAAUGAUAAUGAACAACAAUGUGCUGAGUGUAAACAUCAGCCUGGCUAGACUGGUAUUCGCACUCCGGACAUCAGAAUGUGAUACUAUCGCUCUUACCGAACGUGCAUGGUAGUCGGGGGAUAUUUAGAGUAAUAAUACAGUCUAUGGUAAAGGACACUUCUAACGUUCUGGCGCGAAUUCAUAACCUGUAUGUUUUGGGAAGAAUUUUAAGAUCAGUUAUGUCUUUUCUGGUAUAGAAUGGGCUCUUUUUUCUUUUCCUUUUGAAUUGUAGAUCCAUUGCGCUGAUGUUGCACUAUCAAACUAUUUUAAAUGAAUUUGACAUUGACACGCUUUUCAAUUGUAUGAACAUAUAUUUAGUAUAUACUACGUGUUUUUUUUUGUUUUUCUUGUUGAAUAUAUUAUGAUUUUUUGUUUUAAAUUGGCAAAAUUAUCUUGUUAUUUGCUGGUUGUAUUAAAGCAGAAUAGUAAUCUGUCUUUAUCAAAUAGUAAAUAAGCAUGAAGAUUGUACAAAUACACAGCCCUCACAGUUGUACGAUAGGAGUAUGUCACAUAAAGUCGUUUUAGUCAAUAGCAUGACUGGACAUUUAAUUCCCAUGAGUACCUAAAACAUGUGUUAUAAAAAUAUCAAUAAGGAUGUCGAAAGUUAGCCUGGGUUUUUUCCAGAUUUAUGCAGCACUCGCAGAACAAAUUGCACGUAUGACCCAAUAACGGUUCUUGUUACAUAUACUUAAUACAGUUCGUAAUGUUUAAUAUAUAAAGUUGCUACACUAUAUGAAUUCACCAAGUUCAGACAACAUUCUGUUCAUGAUGAAGAAAAACGUUCUUUGUAUGAUAUUGAAUAUGUAAGUGUUAAAUGUAAGAACGGUUUUAUAUUGACAGAGUGCAGAUGUUGUUAAACUUAGAUCUGAACCUACAUUGAAGGUUAAAGCUAAAGAAUGAAUUAUAAAUGACAUUGAAUAUCAGAUACAAUGUAACGGUACGGUAGAGAUAUUUACAUUUAUUGAUACAUUUGUUAAAACAUAACAAAUUUGUCAAAGAACAACAUACGUGUCAACAA